CUUUUUGUAUCUGCAGAAUGAAAGCGCGUCCAUAAUUCAGCGCGCUUGGCGCAGAUUCAAAUCCAAACUUGAAUUGAAGGUCACCCCAGUUUACAAAAAUGGUGAUGUCACUGACCCAGAAUAAAUGCGCCGAGAGGAUCCAAAAUGCGUUUCGCCGCCGUAAACUCAAAAUAGAAAAACGAAAAGAGUUCAAACUCAAGAUCAGAGCAGUUGGAUUGUUGCAGAAAGCUUGGACAGAACACCGAACCAAACGAAGGAUGUUUAGAAAAAGAAAAGGUGACAAGACGUCCAUGUAUCCUAACAAAAUUCGUCGAGUAGAAAGUCUUUGGAGUGUCGAUGAUCAUGAUUUUAAGUACCUGUAUUGAAAAAGACGCCCGCCAAAAAGAUAGAGAGCUGCAAAGACAGAAUGAAAGCGCCUCCAUAAUUCAGCAGGCUUGGCACAGAUUCAAAUGCAAACUUGAAUUUAAGAAUAAAUGCGCCGAGAGAAUCCAAAAGGCGUUUCGCCGCCGUAAACUUAAAAUAAAAAAACGAGAAGAGCUCAAACUCAAGAUCAGAGCAGUUGGAUUGUUGCAGAAAGCUUGGAGGGAACACCGAACCAAACGAAGGAUGUGUAGAAAAAGAAAAGGCGAGAACACGUCCAUGUAUCCUGACAAAAUUCGUCGAGUAGAAAGUCUUUGGAGUGUUGAUGAUCGUGAUUUUAAGUACCUGGUGAAGGUUCAAAAACUUGGGGAAGGAGGGUUUGGCGAGGUAGGAGAUUCUGUGAAGGUUACUAUUGAUAUUAAGUAUACCCCGGUAAUUACUCAGGAGAUUGAAGAUAUGCACGCCCUCUGA